AUGAAUCGAGUUCAACGUUAUCUACCUCUUGGUGAGUGGAAGGUCACUGACACCUUUAAAAUAGGACAGGCUGGAGGUCAAUAUCGACCUACAAAGCAGCAGUACAAGAUGACAAUCCUUGGAGAUACAGUGAUAACCCCUUCUGAAUUUCAGAAUGAUAGUCACUUCCUUGAUCUUGCUAGCUACGAGGAGAUUUGUAAUGGAAAGUGUAAACCCAAUUUUCUUAUUGAUAUCAUGGGACAAGUUACUGAUCUUGGAGCAGUUGCCAAUGUUCAAGCUAAAAGGAUUGACCCCAAGAGAGUUAACUUUUUCAUGCGUGAUAUAAGUGGAAAUGAAAUUGCAUGCUGCUUAUGGGGAAAAUAUGCUGAGCAGUUUGAAAAACAUAUUGAAUCAGAUGCUGGUGAGAUUGAAAUAUGCUUGAUAAGGUUUGCAAAAAUCGGCAACUACAGAGGAGAAGUAAAAAUCACCAACGCAUUUGAUGCUACCAUUGUGGUUCUCAAUCCAACAAUGGAGGAAGCUAUUGAUUUCAAGGAGAAGAUGAUGAAUAAUCCUCUUCCUCUAGCUCUCUGUGAUCAGAGUGAUGAGAAAAAGAUAAUGACAAAGGUGAAAGAUGAUUGGAAUGAUGUUCAGAUAAGAUGUAUAUCUGAAAUUUUGCGGAGUGUUGAGGCUGAGUCUUGCAAGAUCAUCUGUUCUAUUGAAUCCAUUGACACGGAUUGGGGUGGUUCUAUUUUGGAUGUUCAAGAUACAUUUGUCUGUUAG